UCCGCGCGGGCCUCCCAGCCCGUAUUCCACUCACUUUGUUCUCCGCCUUUGUCCUAAUCCACACCAGCAGGUGGAGCCGCAGUUAAAGUUUCCGAGUCCAUUCCGGGAGCGGGAGCCUAUCUUGUUUGCCGCCGAGGCCCUCGCUGGAGGAGGAGGGUCAGAGCUCGGGUGCAGCCAAUCGCGGGCAACGCUGCUAGUUAUCAGAGCAGAAUGGGCUGUAGUUUAGUGAAAUAGGAAAGCUGCAAAACACUGUGGAGUGCUCCCGUGUAAAUAAAAAGAGGAAAAAAAAGUUUCUCAAGUCGCCGCUGCACGACGUCGGGCCGGUGCCGGGGCGGGGGUCUGCGCUCUUCCGAGCGGCCGCGCGCUGGACUUUAUUGUGCCGCAACAAGCCCCCGUCCCCAUUGUUUGUGUUUUUUUCAAAAUAUGGCAAAGGUUCAGGUGAACAAUGUAGUGGUGCUGGAUAACCCUUCUCCUUUCUACAACCCGUUCCAGUUCGAGAUCACCUUCGAGUGCAUCGAGGACCUGUCUGAAGACUUGGAAUGGAAAAUUAUCUAUGUGGGCUCUGCAGAAAGUGAAGAAUAUGAUCAAGUUUUAGACUCUGUUUUAGUGGGUCCUGUUCCUGCAGGAAGGCAUAUGUUUGUAUUUCAGGCUGAUGCACCUAAUCCAGGACUCAUUCCAGAUGCAGAUGCCGUAGGUGUAACAGUUGUGCUAAUUACUUGUACCUAUCGAGGUCAAGAAUUUAUUAGAGUUGGCUAUUAUGUAAAUAAUGAAUACACUGAGACAGAAUUAAGGGAAAAUCCACCAGUAAAACCAGACUUUUCUAAGCUUCAAAGGAAUAUUUUGGCAUCUAAUCCCAGGGUCACAAGAUUCCACAUUAACUGGGAAGAUAACACAGAAAAACUGGAAGAUGCAGAGAGCAGUAAUCCAAAUCUACAGUCACUUCUUUCAACAGAUGCAUUACCUUCAGCAUCAAAGGGAUGGUCCACGUCAGAAAACUCACUAAAUGUCAUGUUAGAAUCCCACAUGGACUGCAUGUGACCACCUGCCAUCCCUUUAGUACAGAUUAAGCUAUUAAAAACAGAACUAUUUCCCUGAAAUUCCGUAAGUACAUAGUCAAGACACAAUGUGAAGAAUUUGUUUAAAAACAUCCUGUAGAAAGUUUAUAAGAAAACCAGUAUUUGAGCAAAUUGUGGAAUAUAAAUACAACUAUUUUUAAGUAAUUUUUUUUCUCUAAUGUGUUAUUUUAUUUGUUCUGAAACUAAUCUGAUUAAAGCAUAUAUAUUA